AACGUCAAGUUUUAGAGCAAAGAAGUCAAGUUACUUGCAAACAUGUUUUGGCGGGAAGGAUCGCAUGCAUUUUAAAUAAAACAGUGGAUAAGCUGAUCACAGACGAACAAUAUUUGAUGCUGGUUAAAUCUAUGUUUGAUUUUGAUCACAAUGGAUGAUGGGACUUCUCAGUAUUAUUUCACUGCAUGUAUGGACUCGGGUAAAACAUUGUACAACAUAUUGAAAUCCAUACAAUUUCAAGAGUGCGCAGUAUUUUGUGCUAUGCAGGAAGGUCUGAAACUCACAGUGGAAGAAGGAAAAUGUGUCCAAGCCUCAGCGUAUAUCCCGUCGGACAAUUUCACCGAGUACCAUGUUAGAGAGGACGUUGAUGUUCUGUUUAAAAUAAACAUAUCUGUGUUAACUGAAUGUCUCAAUAUAUUCGGAGCGAACGAAGAUUCCAGUUUGAAGAUGUACUACAGAUGCGAGGGCUCCCCUUUACUGCUCGUCCUUCAACCGCAAUCGAUGAUCAAUGUGAUGACAGAUUGUGAGAUAGCAACACAGAUUGCCGACUCAAUACUGGAGUUGAGAGAUGAAGAUGUGCCAGAAGUAGCUAAGCUAGUAUUGAAGGCUUCAGCGUUUAUGGGGCUGUUGGCGGACUUGGAACGCUCCUGUGAUACUAUCGAGAUUAAUCUCUCCCCAGAACAUCCUAAUGUCAGCAUUAUUACAUACGGAAUGCAGGAUAGGUCUUGUAUAGAUGUACCUAAGUCUUCGGACAUGGUGCAGAGUUUUAGCUGCAGACAAGCAAUCAGGCUGAAGUACCAGUUGUACCAUCUCAGACUCACUAUGAAAGCAUUGGCUAUAUCUUCCAAGGUUGUGUUACGUUCCAGUUCAAACGGUCUCCUCCUGAUACAGCUGAAGCUCGAGAAGGAAGAUCAAAGACAAAUGUUCACAGAAUUCUUCAUAUUGCCCUUAUUGGAUGACUAGUCACAUAUAAAAAAACAUUAACAAAUCCAGCAAAAUAUUUUGGAACACUAAAAUAUUAAUUACAAAUUACAGAAAAAAAAAAAUUAAUUAAUUAGUUAUCUGUAAUAUUGUUCAAAUUUCUUUAUCUUAUUUAUAGAAUUUUUGUAAUAUUUCUUAUAUGAAAAUGAAACAAAUAAAUUGUGCAAAAUAUA